CUAGACAAACUCGAGUCCCUAAAAGUUCAACGAGAAAAAGCGCGAAUUGGAAUUAAACUGAGCGAAACUCACAAUGGCAGGAGACGAAAGCGGGUUUGAGCAGACUUUCUCUUUCGGUCCUCUUCCUGCCAAGAGCUUCUCCUUCCAGGAAGAUAAGAGCACAUUGACGCUGUUGAUGAAAUGGUCCAUGCUGGGGAGGCUUUCAGCUCAGACUUACAGCUUUGACAGUAACUUCCAUCCUUACAGCUGUGAAACGUUUGCUUUGUGUUUCUUCAAAGACCCUCAGGUGAUUGCCAGUCUAAGAAAUGUGGAGGCUGGAUUCUGCAUGCCUCUGGAGAGGCCAGUAGUGUCUGUCAGCACAGAGCUUGUGCCCUGUACUAAGAUCUCCAUGGAGUUGUUUGAUCCAAUCUACUCUUGCGGCAUCCUGAGGCCCUCUGGUCAUGUAGUUAAAUGCUUUCAUGAUGUCUACCCUGACUACGAUGAACUUCGACAGAUGUUACAGGAAGAGGAUUCCCAGCACUACUAUGUUGUUGGGAGGAUGGAGCGGGAGGAGUUUUUGUUUCGCCUUUUCAAGCACCUGUGUCUUGGCGGAGAGCUCUGUCAGUAUGAAGACACCAUCGACCCCUACAUCAGCACCACAAAGAAAAUAUACAAAGACCUGAUAAGUGUGCAAAAGGACGCAAAAACAAAGAAGAUUGAUGUGGUGUCCACCGUACUCAAAGUAUGUGCCUAUGAUGAGUCUGGCCAAUGUUUUCCUGGAACACGGGAGGAGGAGCAGACGUUUGCCUAUUUAAUUGUGGAUCCUGUCAAACGAAAUGUGACUUUGCUCUACCACAUUUAUGGAGUGGGAAAAAUGUCGCUGUAAAAGCUGGGAAAGGAAAACAAAUCUGAACCAGCUACAGAAUUAAUUGUUGCUUGGUCCAAAAACACUGUAUCUACAUCUUCGAUUUCUGGUUUUGGUCAUUAUAGUAUAUGCUAUUGAGACUAUAGUGUCUUGAAAAAUAGCUGUAGGUUAUAUGUUUUAUUUAAACUGAGUUGAGCAAUUAAAAGAAAUAAAAAUCUGAACUAAUUUUCCUCAUAAUAAUGAAUUUGUGUUAGAAAAUCCAAUAAAAUUAAUAUUUAUCAACAUC